GAUGAACACAGCUGCGCCAGUCGGUCUCAAUAGUUCACACUGAGCGGCCGCGAAAAUGAAGCUGUUCGUAUUAUUAGGGUUGUGUUUAAGUGUUGUUGAGAGCUAUAGGUUUCUAGUAUGCAAUCCCAUGGCUAUAAGGAGUAUCACUUUGCUGGCUGAAGGCGUUGUUAAACAUCUUCUCAAAGCUGGACAUGAGAUCGUGUUCAUCACAGCGUUCCCUGACAAAAACAACAACAAUCCGAAGUUACGUCAAGUCGAUAUUAGCGAGAACUAUAGGCGUAUGCAAGCUGAAGAUAUAUUGAACAUUACCUUCCUCAUGGAAAAUACUGAUCAGACAAUCGAUUUGGAACUUUUACAAGAAAUGUACAUAGAUAUAGGUAUACAGACCAUGGAGAACGAAAAUGUAAAGAAACUGAUGCAAGAGACAGAUCAACAUUUCGACGCUGUGAUUAUUGAUUGGGUGGAUACUGAUCUUUACGCUGGAUUCGCCGGAGUCUUCAAUACUCAUCUAAUAUGGUCGUACUCCAUGGGGCCAUACUGGCCGAUUUUAAGACUGAUUGAUGGGCACUCAAAUCCGGCGUACAGUAUCAACAAUAUGUCGCCAAACACCUUACCCCUGGGCUUCAGACAAAGGGUUGAGGAACUUUGGAACCAGUUGCAUUGGAGUUACAUUAAGAAUUUCUUAGUGUUCGAGAAAGAAAAGUCUGUGUAUGAGAAGUAUUUUGGCCCGUAUGCCGCUAUGCGAGGCAGAACUCUCCCGCCUUUUGAAAAGGCCAUCUACAACGCCAGUCUUGUGAUCGCGAAUGCUCAUCAUGCGAUCGGUGGGUGGCCACAAACACCGCAGAACUUUAAGUUCGUGGGAGGAUGUUACAUCGAGGAUCCACCUAAGUCAUUGCCUGCGGACUUGAAGAAAUUGAUGGACAGCUCUACUAACGGAGUUAUAUACUUCAGCAUGGGCUCUACUUGGAGAAGCAAGGACAUACCAAAGCAGUUAACGGAGGGAUUGUUAAAUAUUUUCGGAAAAUUAAAACAAACAGUCAUCUGGAAAUACGAAGCGGAUUUGCCAAACAAGCCUAAGAACGUGCAUAUACUCAAGUGGGCUCCACAAACUAGCAUUUUGGCUCAUCCCAACUUAGACUUCUUCAUCACGCACGGUGGUCUCCUGUCAUCAACAGAAGCCAUUCAUUUUGGUGUUGCACUAAUAGGAAUCCCAAUUUACUACGACCAGUUCCACAACAUGGUGAAGGCAACAACCGCCGGAUAUGCUAUCAAAGUGAAUCUCAACUAUGACUUAAUUAAAAACUUGGAUGCAGCCAUAAAAGAAAUGCUGACUAAUCCAUCAUACAAAGCAAUGGCCAAAGAACUUCAGAUGAGGUACCAUGACAGACCAGUAAAACCUUCAGUAGAAGUUGUCCAUUGGAUUGAACAUGUAGUGAAGACCAAAGGAGCUCCUCACUUGCGUUCGCCUGCCCUACAUGUGCCUUUCUACCAGAAAAUUUUCCUAGAUUUACUUGCCCUUGUAUUUUUAGUUUUAUUAUUAAUAGUUAUAGGUUUAUAUUUCUUGUUAAAACAACUGUUUAAGUUAGGAACUGCUGAGAAACGUAGCAAAGUUGACUAGUUUUAGGUUUAAUCUGGUGUAUUUGUGUGUAGAUGUGCAUUGUGAAUUAUAGUGAGACGAUUAUUAUUUACUAGACUUUGUUAUUCUUGUUUGUUGAAAUUCUAAUUAAAUAUAAAUAAUAUUGGAAA